AUGUCGCUUUCAGCAACAGAGUUGAAUUACCUCAUUUGGAGGUAUCUUCAAGAGGGUGGAUUGGAAGUGAGCGCGUAUGCUUUGCAAGAUGAGACCAAAAUAAACGAAUACGACGAUAGGUACAGCGAUAGAAUUCCACUUGGGUGUUUGGUAGACCUCGUUCAGAAGGGCAUUUUGUACUACAAGGUGAAUGAUAUGAUUCAAAAUGGUGGUGAGAUUGCCUCUGAAGAUAUCAUAAACAUGAAUUUCAAUCUCUUGAAUUCAAUAUCCCAGUCGUCUGAUGGAGUUGAAGAACGCAGAAUUGAGCCUUCUUCAGUGAUCGCUAAUAAUACUUCACAACCAGUUCCAUUAAUCGGGCAGAAUGGGAGGGUAGAGGAUGAUAAUGAGUUCACCGUGGUGCUGAAAAAUAGUUUUGUUUUUCCAGCUAGUCUGGCGAGCAGCUGGAACCCCCAAAACCCGAACAUGUUGGCUUGGGGACAGCGAGAUUCUACCUCCAAUAUAUGCACUCUCACCUGGGAUGACUCCAGUAAAACCCUUAUUCCACAAUCGCAACCGCUUCCACAUCCAACAUCCUGCAAAGAAAUUGUCUCUAUCUCUUGGAGUCCCAAAGGCAAUACGUUAAUGACUGCGUCUGAAAAUGGAGAGCUUCGUCUGUGGGACUCCAAUGGUUCAAUAAGAUUUAUUAUGGCGCUACACCGCUCUCCCGUGCUGGCAAUACGAUGGUCGCCUAAUUCCGCAUAUCUACUAACCCUUGAUAUCACCAACAAAGCAGUGGUGUGGGACUCUCAAACUGGACAAUCAAUUCAGCAUAUUGCUAACCUGUCAACAGAUAACACAGACAAAUGUUUAGGGACCGAUGCAUGUUGGAUAGACGAUACCAAGUUCGUGCUACCGGGCUCAGAUUAUUCGUUAUAUGUUUACCAAUUGGGAGAUAGCCAACCUAUCGGUGUCCUUGCGGGACAUACUGAUACUGUCUCUCUUAUAAUGUACAAUAGCGAGCUCCGCCUUUUAUGCUCCGCAUCCGACGACCAAACGGUAAGAAUAUGGAAAGGAAACUCCAUCAAUUCCUUACAAGUGUUGACGGGUCAUUCGCAACCACUCACUUAUGUCAACUGGUGCAAACUGGGAGAUGGGAAUUGGUGUGUUGUGACCUGCUCACUGGAUGGAUCGCUCAAACUUUGGGACUUUUUCAAGAAUAAGGUACUGGACUCUCGGCUAGUUGACAAUGGCUCCCCAAUAUUAGUGGCCUCUUUGUCUCCUGAUAGCACUAAGCUGGCUACUGGAGACUCUGAUGGUAAUAUAAUGUUUUGGGCUAUUACUGCCACGAGGAAAUUUAAGCAAUUAAGCUAUUAUCAGCCUGGUGAGGUUGAAAAUUCCAAUUUCGUAUCUACCAUCGACUGGAACUCCACUAGCACCCAAAUAUCCGUUGGAUAUAGUGGAACUUCAAGUUGUGUUGUCAAGAUUGUAUAA